GGACGUUUGAGAUUUUUUAAAUUAACAGCGCACGCUGGUCCAUGAAGUUGUUCUUCAACUGCUACAGAAUGUUUGAAACCUUCUUCACAACGCGAAGUAAUUUACUGACAGAAACCUUUUUUUCCUUUGCUGGUUGGUCCAAAUAUCUCCUAUCUAAUUCAGGUAAGAACUGACAAGACUUGAAAGAUGGGCCUGACAGAUAGAAGAGAGAAGAAGCAAUGGCAAAUCCAAUAUGGCAUCAAGACCUUAAAUUGCACACAACGCAUCCUUCUGUCUAAAAACCUGCAGGAUUCUUACAUGAUCUUUCUAGAGAGAGUGGACAGAGCCACACAACAUGAAGAAUAACUGCUCCCCGGCGGUACUGUUCAAAUAAUGUCACCAGCUCUUCAGCCUCAGACAGAGCCAUUGCUGUCCCCACCUCUCCAGCCUCACGUACAGCCGUUGCUGCUUCCACCUCUUCAGCCUCCAAGGCAGCCAUUGCUGUCCCCACCUCUCCAGCCUCAGGUACAGCCGUUGCUAUUGCCACAUCUGCAGCCUCAGGUACAGAUGUUACUGUCCCCACCUCUCCAGCCUCCAAGGCAGCCGUUGCUGUCCCACCUCUCCAGCCUCAGGUACAGCCAUUGCUUUCCCAACCUCUCCAGCCUCGGUACAGCCAUUGCUUCUUCCACGUCCUCAGCCUCAGGUACAGUCCUUGCUGUCCCCACCUCUUCAGCCUCCAAGGCAGCCAUUGCUAUCCCCACCUCUCCAGCCUCAGGUACAGUCCUUGCUGUCCCCACCUCUCCAGCCACCAGGGCAGCCACUGCUGGGGACUCCAGGGACAGUCUUUGCUUUCCCCCCUCCUCUAGCCUCAGGGGCAGGGAUUAACAACAUUUGAUUUUGCCUCAAUAAACCUGGCUUUAAAAAAAAAAUCUUUACAUACUUCUUGUUGGUUGUUGGAUUU